AUGCCAGCAGCAAUUCUUCUAGCUACAAUGAUCUUUACAGUAUGUCACAUAAUAGGAGCAAAACCUUACUCGGAGUCCGUUUGUUUGAAAGUUUUUUUCCUUUGUGCGGAUUCUUUACAACUGAAAAACAUUGAGACGUUACCCGACAAUAAGUUUUGCGAUGCUGUUGAGCUGACUCUCAAAUGCCUAACAAAGGAAAAAGGUAAUUUACGACAACGAAUGGUUCCACUUCUCCAUCGAUUGAAAUCACUCUGCUCAAGCCCUACGCCCGAGGAAGAGCGCGCAGCGAUCAGCGCACCCGAGGAAGGGUCAGGUGAAACUAACUUAGCUGUAUGGAACCAAAUCAGUCCUCUGUGUUUCCUGAUGACAGUGAUGAUGAUCUGA